AUGAACAACACUCCGACGUACUGGUGGCGGUAUUUCAACCUCUCCGGCAGACGCUACGGCCGCUUGGAUCCCCAGACGAACGCGAUAACCGCGCAUCGGGAUCGCACAAAGUUUGGCAUGUCGUUCACCACGAACGGCGGUUACUGCUGCGUGGCCAUGGAACGUUUCGUGCCGAAAAACAACGAUUCUAUCGGACCCAAGAGCAAAAGAUCGAAGCGAAAACAAACGGACGACCGCGAUCCCGUCGAUCUGUCCAAGUUUUCCGGAUUUCUGGGACUGGAUCCCGGCGUGGUCAAUUACGUGGGCGCAUGUUACCUCGAUAACGUGGAUCGUAAACGUAACUAUACGUUGAAAACUGCCAAGUUUAAACAAUUUGAGUGCAAGGAACGGAUAAUCAAACGCCGACGUGAAAAACUGAUUGGCCGGUACGAACGUGAACUCUUACAAUAA